AUGUUUCCACUCUGUCCUCCAGAAUGCAAUGUGGCGCCUCUCCCGCUCGUGGGUGUUUGCACACCGGCGCGCCUCCACGGCAUCCUGCGGACCACACUCGAGGCCUGCACGACUGGCAAGUCUUCUGUGCCUCAUCAACCUCGCAUGAAUUUCCUCUUCUACGAUUCUGAACAAGUUAUCGCGUCCCCCGGAGUCUUGUCUCCCUCUCGACGUUCCGUCGUCUCUCUUCCCUCGUCGAGAGGAGGAAGCGUGUGUCCGUCUCCCGCGCCCUUUUCCUCUGGAGCUUCUCCCUUCCCCUUCUCGCGUCUCGGCACUGCAUCCGCCAGCGCUCCUGCGUCCUCCCCCGGUGGAGAGGCUCCGCUCAGCUUGUCAGGCUCAGCGUCCCCCGUCCCUGCCGAUGAUGGCGUCUUUCUGGCGCCAAGGCCAGGCGCGCCACCGAGUCCAGAUGGUGCGGCUGGUGCUCCAGCUUCUGCGGCCGGUCCUUCCUCCCACGGUGUGGCCAGUGCUUCUUCCUCUCCAGACGCAGGUGGAGGGCGAGGAGAAGAAGGCAGUGAGACGGUCGGCGCCGCGCCGCCUCUCCUGCCUAGUAAGGAGGCCACGCUCACAGCUCUACGCCGGGCGCCUCCUGUAAAAAAGAAAACGCCUCCGGCUCCAGAACAGCUUCUCAACAAAGGUUUUCUUCGGCACGGCUGGAUGCGCAAGCAAUUAGCAGAGCGUCCAGCGGCGUACGCGUUGUGUUUCGACUGGCGAGAGGCCUUCGAUCCCGCGGCGGCUCCAGCUCUGGCGUCGCCGGUGUCGCACCAAGUCGCUCACUCCAACUCUCACCAGGUCGAGGCGCCUAGCCACCCCAGCUCGACUGACGGAGCCUGUGGUGAGCCCUCGACGUCUGCGUCUCCAGCCAAGCCCUGCUGUCCUUGCUGUCCGUACACUCGCGAGCUUCUCGCAGACAGCCGGGCGGGUUGCUCGGGGGUCUCGGCGGACUCUUUCUUUUCUCAGGGCGGCACUCAGCGCUCGUCCGCUCUCGGGGUGUCUGAGGGCGGCGGAGAAGACCCCCAAAAUGCCUGCCCGCCUUCCGCGCAUGCGGGCCCCGCUGCAGAGACAGAAGCCACAGACGCAAGUCGAGACGUGUGUCUCCCAGGAUCACCGCACUGCUGCCGAAACAUCAAUGCUGCGAUCGGGAUUUGCAGUGCACAGGCGGCAUUGCAGGACCGCCCGGGCAGUGAGGACUUGACAAGGCGAAGCGGAGCACGGGGAAGUGAACACGGAGUGCAAGUAGCAGCGUUUCCAAAGUCUCCGCAAGGUCUCAGCGGGACAGAAGCAACAGAGGCCCUCUUUCCAGAGCCAGAAUUGGAUGCCCGCGAGAUUGCCAUCGCAAGAGCCGAGAGAGCCGCACUCGCCCUCAUUGAACGCAUUCGAGACCACGUACACAGAAAAAAGGUUGCACCCAAGAUGAUCCUUUUUGUCAUUCUGCCCUCGGGCUUGCCAGACCCGCAGAGCGCGGUGAGCUGUCUCCGGCGCCUGAAUCCAUCCGAGAUCGCCGCCCUCUUCGUCACUUGCGGAAUUGACGACAUUCAGACCAAAAUGGACCGUCUCGAACAGGUGGCGUACGACUGCGCUGUGGAGCACUACGAGAAUGAGUCACGUCGGUACAGAAAGCAGAUUCAUCAUGCCCCUAAAAGCGCAGACCGUAAUCAAUCGAAUGCUUGCCACGUGUAUCAUGUUCGAAGCUUGGUGAAGGCGGGGUACAUGUUGGAGUUUGCUGCUCAGCCGCACGGAGCGAUGAAGUCGUUCAUCGCCGCUUGGCAGUUGCUGACGACGGACAAGCAGAUGGCGAGCGCCGUCGAGCGAAUGUCUCUGUGCAAUCUGCUCUCGGUGCGCAUGUACCACAUGUACUUUCAAGCGAACGAGCCUGCAAAGGCAGCGCACCACGCACGCGAGCACCGCGUUGUUCUGCGAGAAAAUCCAGAAGAAGAAGAACUGUUCGGCUACCUCCUCCCUCAGUGGCUGGCGGAACUCCACGAACUCCUUGCCCACCUUCAGCAAGAGGCGCUUCUCGCGCAACACCGCCUGAGCCUGCAAGUCACGCAAACAACACCAAGAGGCCGUAGCAACCAGCCUACAUCCCCUGCUUCUCCGCAGUCUUCUCUGCAUUCUUCGUCCCCUCACUCGCAUUCUAUGGGGAGACGCCCAAACUCCGAGGCAGAGGUGUCGAGCGACUUGAAGCGUCAGACACUUGCAUCCGCUCUCGGUUUCGGGCGCCACACCGGCCGCGACAGCGAAGGGGGUUUGAAUUUCUUGGGAAACGGACUUCAUUUCAACAAGUGGGGGUUGAGUCGCGACAGCACCAGCAGAGCCGCGCCGCUGUCUGCUGGACCUCGCAGAGAUCAGGCAGCAGCUCCUGGGGAGUCGAGCCUCGCCUUUCCGCCUCCAGUCGGGCCUGACGAGCCCUGCGAACCGCUUCAGGGCGCCUGCAGUCCCACCGAAGGACCGACUGCUCUUUUGCCCGGAUUGGACGACAGCCAAGUGUCUCUGUCCCAGAUGGUCGCCCCUGUGGCGAGGGAGGAGCAUGUAGCGUUGACUUCUUGGGGUCCCGGCCUUCUGUCGCUGACAACUGAAGCAUGGGAGAACCCCGGCUUCCACUUCGAAGCCGCUGCUCGCUACCUCCAGGAGCUACGCGUGUGGGUCCGUCGCGCAAAGGUCCAAGUUCGUCCCCCCUCCAUGAAGGGAGGCCUUGCUGUGCCUUCAGAGUGGAUUGGACAACUCGACACUCUACAGCAUGGGGUUGAGGCCUUCAGUUUGGUACCCCACUCGAGCCCAGGAGCUGCGGCGGCUCUGAUGCGACAAGAGGUCAUUCUUCGCUGGAUUUUCUCGGUCAACGAACAGCAGGUGGCGAUGCAUGCAACUCGCCUUCUCUCCAAGGCUCACGCCAUCUACAAGUGCAUCGGGGGAUCGAGGGGGUGCCCUGUCAUCGCUUGCCAGCUGGCCGAUGCGCUCUUCGACAGCCAGCGCAUGCUGACCGCGCGCCAACUGUACGCGACCUUGGCACAUGCGCUUUCUGCAAAUCUCUUCAGUGGGGCUUCUCUCCUUUCCUCUUCCUUCUGCCCUUCCACGGCUGUGGUCGUCGGAGGAGGCAGCGGAAACAGGGGGAACAACCAAGACCGACAAGCACGCGACAGGGGUGACGAAAAGAAAGACUCAUCGACCUACGCACACAGAGAGACAGCGCGACCACUGAGACAACAAGGAGACUGCGACGGAUGGGGACAGAGAGACAGAGAUGCGUUAAAGGAAGGAGAAGGAGGAGAGAGUGAAGCUGAGGAAGAAGAGAUGGAACAGGCGAUGAGGACAGCCUGGCCUGCGGGCAGCGAAGAGGUGUGGAAGGCGGCAGCAGAAUUCGUGGAAGGCUCGGCGACCGACCAUCAGCUCUGGACGAUGAAAAACGCAGGGUGGUGGCCUCUGCUGGUGUACGUCCUGGCGCGUUUGCUCCUGUCAAUUUGUUCGCUUCUUUCGCUAGCUCCGCCGCCUUUUUUGUACGACCUGGCACAUGUGAAUCCUCUUUUCCACUGCAUCGAAGCUCGACAUGCACCCUCGUCUCUGUCUCAGUCGGUCGACUCGGUCCCGACGAGAAGUGUCUCGCCUCAGGACGAUGUGUCGAGCAAGUCGAACUCGGCUAUUCCCCUGUCUUCUCUCAACGCCAGUGCCGGAGGCCCGGACAAGGCCUCGCUCGCUUCGCCGUCUGUCGCCGGCCCUGCACCUCGCCCGGCAUGGGAGGGCGAGGGCAGAGACAGGCGUCUCCCUGUAGAUCGAGUUGGCGUCUCCGGACCGACACAGAAAGGGUCUGGGACUGUGGACUCGGAGAGCCACGCGUCGUUCGGACUAGAUGAAGCUUGUGCAGGAAACGAGGACCUACGAACCUUUCCUCGGGGUGCUGGUGGAAGCCUUGAGAAUGGCGAUGAACCUGCGAGUGGAAGGAACGGUGUCGAUAGAACUGAGGAGACAAGCGAGAAGCCGAGUAUAUGUGGGCCGCCUCGUCUUGCGCAUGCAGAAGCAGACGAAAGACUGUCGGGCGACGCUCAGUGCUCCGGGAGGUCGUUGACAAGUCUCCAGGCCCUGGCGUCUCUGCCCUCUUUCCUCGACUUCGAAAACUAUCGCAUUGGGGUGCUCUCGGUGUUUGAGUUGAUGAAUUUGUUUGCGCUACGCGCAGCCCGCGACGACCCUCAGGGCGAGAGGCGGCGUCAACUGCGAGCAUUUUUGCUCCUCGCGCUUCUCCCCAAACUGCAGCACUUGGUGGAGAGCAGGGAGGAAUCACGGAGCUCGGAGAUUCGAGAUGGGGUAGGUCCGAAUGGAGGCCACCCAUGCGUCGCGCCCUCAGAUCGAACACGAGAGGGAAGUAAGGAGAGAAUCGUGGAGAUCCACGAAGACUUCAGGGGAGGAGAAAGCGCGAGAAGCGAGAGAUGCACGCUCACGGUUUCUCUCCCCGGGGUCGUGGGGUGGCUUGCCCUCCCGAGUGCCGACGCUCCCCACAGAGAGGCCGUGGCACUGUGGAGAGCUGGAGAGGGGAAGCAGAAGGUUCUGAGGGCCUCAGGCGAAAGGAAAGCGACCGCGAGGAGUGGCCUUCUAGGCGAGGAAGCGGGAAAGGCAGAAAGACACGAGCACAAGAAAAAGAGAAGGCCUCUUGUUCAGGGGCUCCUCUGUGUGAUUCAAAGAUUCGGCCUCGACUUGGAGGUCACCAGUCGGGGCGUCCUUGUCACCUCUCGAGGGCCGCUGCCGUGUCGCCUGCUCCCCCUUGUCCCUGAAGAAGAAACUGAGGAAGCUUGGCGACAAAACCUCUCACUCCAGCAAGGCGAAGGCGCCGACGCGGGUGCACAUCGACACUCCCCGGGAGGGGCGAGGGACAAACUCCGGAGCUGGGGUUCUCCUCCGGCCUCUGUUUCGCUGGAUGAAAGCGUUCGACACCCGUCAGCCGCGGAGAGGAGACCAGGAGUGGUCAUCCCAUCGGGCGGCCUUUGCUGUUUCCGUCUCGUGGUGUAUCCAUGUGAUGCCAGAUCUGCUUCUUUCUCCUCAUCUGCCGUCUCGGCGCCGCUCCGAGUCCUGGGCCUCUCGUUCUCAUGGCAACUCUGUCGCCUCGUCACUUUCGCGCUCUCCACUGUGCUUCCUCUGGACGCAGCAUGUCCGCCUCCGAAUCUGGAACCGUGGCAAAUGAAACAAGUGAGGCUUCUCCUUCGAGAGUUGGAGAGGCGAGGAGAACGCGAAGAGGCCUCCAGCGCGCGACCUCAGGCUCUGCUGACCCCAGCAAUCAAUGCGGACAGCGCGGGCCAAAACGAGCUCUACGAAGAUGUGUGUCUCCAAGGCCCUGCCGACGAGAGAAAAGAAGGAACAGAAACUCCUCUUUCAUCCUCAGCUUCUUCUCUUCUCGACAGCCUCGCACAUUUCCCUCGAGGCUGCUGGCCGGAGCCAGUGCGCCGAGCCCUGUUGCAGAAGAGGCUGAGUGUUCCGCCUCCGCCGAUGCCGCCUUUCUCCACCGGGGAACAGGCCGCUCAAAACUCUCCUUUUUUGUUUCUCCCUGGCAAAAAACUUCUGGAGGACUUCCACCCCGACCGUUUCUUCCGUGUCAGUUUGUGCAACCCGGCGUGUGCAUGGAAGGACGAAGUCGUUCCUCUGCUUCUUCGAAUAGCGGUACAGAAGCCCCAGGCGCUUCCGUCUCACUUAAGGCGGUGUCGCCUUGUCCUCUUUGCUUCUCACGAGGCAGUGGUGACGGAGCUAGUCUCCUCGGGCGAGCCUCAGGCGCUCAAUGGGGGGGGGUCGGCGGAGACCAGAUGCGAAGACAAAACUUCAUUCCGAGGUCUCCCUUCUUCGACGUUUCUUGAGACAACUGGCUCCAGAGAGGCGCCAGGGCUCACUCGGUCUCUGUCGACGGAUGCCUCCAAGAGAGAGAGUUUCACCGAUACGCACGGGAUGCCGUGGACGGAAGGGAGAGACGAGCGGGGCGGCGAGGAAGGACAGGCGAGAAGAGACGAUCUGCACGAAAGGUUUCUCUCUGUGGAGCACAAGGCUCGACUCCAUAGUCGAGAGGGCGAGCGCAUGUUCAGUCUGGGGUGGCCAGAGCGUCCAAACAGCUCCUUUGAAAGCCUGGGAGGUCUCGCGGGACGCCGCGAAUCCCUGGUUGACUUUGCCGCCUUCCUGGAAGAGAGGGACGGAGCGGGGGGAGGACAGAAACAGCGACCAGAAGAGGGGGCGAGGAGCCCAAAGUUCCGAAUGAUCUUCCCUGUCUCGGUGCCUGCGAAUCGCCCAGUUCUCUCCCUCGAUUUCGACGGUCUCCAGCGCGAGGAGGACCCGGAAACGCAUGCAAAAAUGGGAACGAGCGCGGGAGGAGACGGGCGUGCACCAGACGGCGGGUCUAGACAGUUUCGUUUGCAUCGAGAGCCAGAGCGAGGGGGGACGACGAGUUCAAGCUCUUCACAGGCGUCCCCUGCUUCUCUCCCAGCGUUCUCGCCUGAUGCCCGCGUCUCGGCGUCGGCCGAAUCACAGACAGGAGGCUGUCUCAACUGUCUUGGCAGACUCGCAGACUGGUACAGAUCGCUGGGGUACUUUUGCAGGCAAGCGCGAGAAGGCCAGGGGCUCGGAGGGGAGACACUUGUCCUCACUCGGGCGCCGACGAAAUUCCUUUCUCGUCCACGUGCAGACGAAGGCCAUAGCGGGGGCUCCAGAGGCCAGGGCUUCGCGACCGGGACAGAAGCGGCUGCCUUCUUAUUCGAAAGCGACGUGCGACAACUGACAAACAGCGGAGACCCCAGCGACCCCUCUCGCUCGUCUGUCCGCCUCUUCACCUUUCGGCCAAGCAACCGGAAGGCCCAGAGCCGAGACCAGGCUCCUCAAGGCGAGAGACGGCGGAAGAACUGUCGUGGGAGAUAUGAAGAAGAAAGGGGAGAAAACGGAGAAAAGGGAGAAGCCGAAGAAAGGAAUGGACAGAAAGAACAGAUGGGACAAGAAGAAAAGGGAGACGAACAAGGGAAGGAGGGACACGAAGAUCUGUUUGGAGAGAAGAGUCGCAGCGAGUGUUCGCCGCGACGAUCGCGGGGAUACGAAGUCUCAGAGAAGCGUGAUAACGCAGACGAUAGGACGGUGGAAAGCGAGGGUUUGUCUGCUGUCGCUUUCGACGGCUCGUUCCGAGACCCGAAACAGGCUACAUCCGGUGGGGGCCUCGAGGCGAAGCAUCGCGCAGAAGAUUCUCUCUACUCGAGGUUGAACGCGAGACAAAAGCAGAAGGGAGAAGGACCGACCCCUGGCGCAACAACCAUGCUCAGCGGAGAAGAAGAGAUCGCCGUGCCUCUGCUCUUCAAAGCGAAGACCCCAGGAGCUGUCCAGAUUCGCGUGCUCUUGGAGUUUCCCUCGCGUCCUCGGUUGCAGAACGGAGGCAGUGGAGACGACGAGAAGUGGCGAGAGGAAGACUUCUUGGAUGUCGAUCACCAGGAAGACUUCGUGACAGCGGCGGGAAGCAUUCUUGUGCAGAAACCCCUGGAGGUGCAGCUGCAGCCGGCGCCGUUUGCAAGCACAGCGGGCGGGGAAGAGCAGUCAUCCUCAAAGGCAGACCCUCGGUCUUGUCUGUCUCCUCCAGCGAAUCGAGAGGCUCGGUUUGCGUCUGGAGUUGCCCCGCUGGCCUAUCUACAUGUCGCGAAUCCUUCGAGCAUCGCGCUGAGACUCGACGACGUAGCCAUCGUGCCCUUGUCGGUCUGGCGGCCAGAAAAAACUGGGGAAACAGAGGCACUUGCGGGGAGAGGACACGAGUCACGAGGUGGCCAGCAGACACAGGGAAACACGGUAAAUAUUGCAGCGGCAGAUGCGACUGGAGGCGGAACAGAAGCCGAGUGCGAAGAAGGAUGCGCGAGUGUCGCUCAAAAGAUCACACAAAGCCGGAACCGUGCAAAAUGCAAGUGGAGCAUGUGCUCAGAGUGCGGGGCCUUGCUUCCGUCCGGCGUCGCCCUGGAAAAGACAGACGGGGAUGGAGACGAGAGGGGAGGGGAAAAAAAAGGAAUCUUGGAGACUGAGGCGCUGGCACCGCCGCUCAUUGGGUCUCUGGCGACGGUCGAGAGUCUGGAGGCGUGGAGUGCGGUCGUGGACCUAGAGGCCCUCCUCCGAAGGCGGGUGUCUCCAGAGACAAUGGCACUUAAGGGGGACGCCGGAGAUAGACAUCCUGCGGACGCAGAGGCCUUGACUCCGGCCUCUUUGCAGGCGGCAAGCUGCGGUGAUCCCGCUGUCGCGACCGAAUAUGCGGUUCACAUCAGGUUCCAGAGACAUGCCGACGCACUCCCUUAUCCCUUUAACGUCUUCAGCAGCUUGUUCGAGCCUCGCGAGCAACUGUUCCCUUUCUCUCUUCCGGCGCUACUUCCUGCAUGCGUUGACCUCGCGCCUGUGGCCAUCCGCGUGACACACACGUCCACUCCAACGGUUGGUGUUCCUUUCACGCUCCGGGCGACCAUCACGAAUAACACGGCGCGUCCUCAGGAGACAACGGUGAAGUUGGUUUAUCCGCCGGUAACGGCGUCAGUCGACGGGCGCUUUCAAGCAGAAGGAGACCUGGGCGGCGAAGGCUCCUCAGAGUUGUCAGCUCGGUGGAGUGGCCGGUCGGAAUGUCCAUAUUUGAUUAGCGGAGUGAUGUGCACAGACCUUCUUCUUUCUCCGGAGAGUGACCGAGUCAUUCAGUGGACGAUGGUCGCGUGCAGGGCCGGCGCGUUUUCGGUACCGACCGUAAUGGUGCGGUGUCACCGAUAUCUAUCGGGUGAAGCUGCUACUCAGGUGACCACGUGUGAGGAAGAAACAACAGAGAAUGCUGUGGCACAGGAACUAACUCGGGCUCUCAGAGAAGCGAUUGAAGGCAGUCCGCAGGCGCCAGACUCUUUGCGGGGGGGCUCUGUCUUCAUGUCCCAUCUUACGAAUGUCGUUGUCUUUCCCAAUCCUCAGUGA